GUCUAAAUUUGACUGAAUGAUCAAAUCCAAAUCACAUCAAAUUUAAGAAAUUAGUAAACAAAGAGUAAUGACGAAUUUUAUUUUUAUAAAAUGUCCUGCGAAAUCCGUGUGACAGCAUGUAUACAAGAAAUUAAUAAAAUAAGGAAAUGUUUAUUCCCAACUGACGACCAAAGAGGUACUGACAGCUGGCUUCAAUCUUGUAAAAUAUCUGCAUGUCCUACUGGGGAUUUGUUUGUCAUUGCAAAUGAAAGAAAACUUGUGGUUCUUACUCCAAAAUGGGAUCCUCAAUCCUCCCUGAAUCUGUUUCAAGUAUCUUACUCAGGACCCAUCCAUGACUAUGAUAAAGUAAAAGCUGUUUUAUGUUUACCUGUAGUAGGUCAAAAUGGUAACACUAGUUUAGGUCCUGAGUGGACAUGCAUUGUGAUAGGAUUUGAUUCCGGACAUGUACGAUUUUACUCUGAGAAUUGUGAAUUGUUAUUUGAAGAACAAUUUCAUGCUGAAAACAUAACAACCAUAAAAUGUAGAUCCCAACAUAAUCCAAGACCUGAUUUAUCACCAUAUCUACACCCAGAAGAAAUAUAUGUGCAGUACCAAAGUAAUGUAUGUGUGCUCAAUGGUAUACAGUUGAUGCAAACUUUAAGAAGCUGCCGUAACCAACCAAAAAAUCAGGAUAUACCUUCAUUGGUUCCUAAAAAAUGGGGUUUUCAAGAUCAGUCUGUUAUUAAUGAUAGUGUUGUAGUAGGAUUAAAUCUCUCAAACACAUUUGACCAUCUGUUAACAGCUUCUACUUGUGGAGGUUUUCAUUCAAAAUAUAGGGCUGUGCCUCCAAACAAUACAUUGGUUGUUGCAGCUGGUUCUAAGCCAUUUUUAGGGUACCACUAUGCAUUAGAAGGAGGAGGACAGCCUGUUCUAAGUGAUGUUGCUAAAGCUGUAGCUAAUAAGUUAAAGAGUACCUUGCCGAGCUGGUUAACUGGAAAUAAGUUUGUUCAAGAAAAGCAAGUAUCUGUAGCAGUGCAGCCUGCCGAUGCCAUGGGAUGUCGAUUUGGACUCUGUGACCUUAGACGCACAUCUUCUGAGAUUAUUUUAUCUCCAGACCAUAAAUUGGCUGCGGUUUGUGAUAGUUUAGGCCGUAUUUUACUCAUAGAUACCUUCAAAGGAAUAGUCCUUAGAAUGUUUAAGGGAUAUAGAGACGCUCAGUGCGCAUUUAUUCAAGUCGCAGAUGAAAGGAAAUCAAAACAUAGAUUAGGCAAUAAGGUAGCUCAUUUUUUGGUGAUUUAUUCUCCCAAAAAAGGAACAUUAGAAAUAUUUUCUGUGCAACAAGGAACUAGAAUAUCCAUAUUUACAGCCUCCAAGCACAGUAGGUUGUUAUAUAUUAAUUAUGGUUUAGUAGGUUUCAGUACUACUUCUAAAAGCAAAUUUAUUUGUCAGUAUACGACUUUGUUCAUUGAUAAUGACGGUCAGGUAAAAGAAUUUUCUGUACCGUUCCACUUUGCUCUUGCUGAAAAAAACAAUAAGAGAGCCAGAGAUAUACAUUUAUACAAAAAAUUCCGACAUCUAAUAAAAUCUGAGUCAGUAGAUAACGACAGGCUGUUAAACGAGGCAUUAAACACUUGUACUGAACUAAAAACUGUAGAAGGGAAGACUCAGAUGGUGGAAAUGUUAUUAGGAAACAAACAUGUGCCUCCUGAAGUAAGUCUUUGUUGUGUCCAGUAUUUUGUAAAUGAGUUGGAAGGUGAAGAAUCGCUAAAUUUAAAAAUUUUGUGCCAAAAUGCUAGUCUUUUAUUAGAAUUAUUUGUGUUCAUCACGAAUCCCGUGGACAUUGAAGCAGAAAACGGAAACGAAUCACAUAAUGAAUUCUCCUUGAACAUAGAUGUAAAAGAAAUGAAAAAUUUGCAAAAAUUACUAGACCUAAGUAUUGUUAAUGACAAUGUUAAGCUUCCAGAAGUACAUGUCAAAUUUACUGAUGGUUCAAAAUUCUCCCCCUCUGAAUUCAUCUCUGUUUUUGACUGUUCCAAGCCAGAUAUUGUCAGUCUAAAACCAAACCUAGACGACGAUUUGAAAUUCAAAGCGUCAGAAAUAAUUUUUAAGCCCUAUAUUUCAGGAAAAAUGAAAAAUAUAUCCGAACUACAAACAAAAUUAACAAACCUAAAAAUAUCAACCAAGAACCUUUUUGAUUUACUAGUCAAUUAUUGGGUCAAUAGGUCCCUGCAUAUCAACCUUAAUCUAGAAAAAGAAAUUCAAAAACUAGCAGAUGUUAUAUAUGCAUUCGUGAAAAUAUCCAAAGAAGACGUGAACCCAGAAUAUGGGGAUAUAUCCAAGUUCUGGUGUCAAAUCAGAGACGUUCUGGCUAAUUCCGCUCGCCCGUUUCCGGCCCUUAUGGCCGCCAUUUUGUGUAAAAACGUUGCCCAUAAAUUUGAAAUGGAAGUACAGUUGGCGGAGUCAGGAACGAGUUUGGAUGAUAUGGAUAUGGAAGUUCUGUCCCAAGAAAAUGUUGCAUGGUCUUUGCUGAUAGGUAAACUUGAAGACAUUUCUCUUUUGAACAUAAUUAUGUCGACCAAACCUCCGGCUGUUGAGAAUUCUCUGCCAAAAUUGAAACCAGAAGAGGUUCAUAUUAGCCUCAAAUACGUUCUGCAAAAGGGUAAAGGAUCCGUAAGCGAACUAGUUGCCCAGUGGCUCACGUCAGUUGGAGUGGAUCCCCAAUAUAUAUUAUCCAAUGAGGAGCAAGAUAGAAACAAUGAAAGUGAUAAAGAGAUAACUGAAGUCAAUGCUGGAAAUCCUGUAGCAGAAGUGAAACUAUCUCAACAUCUGAGCUUACUGCGAAGACAAUUUCCGUACAGUGUCGAAGCCAACUGCAUUUUGACAAACAUGUCUUGGGAAUAUGCUACAGCUUGGCAGAAGGAUAUGCAGAAUCUGAAUUUUUUGCAAGCUGCCAUAAGUUGUUUGAAUUGUGUUACGAAUAUUCACAUGAAGCAAGGUCUUUAUCAACUUCUUUGGAACACGCACUUAAAAAUUGUAAGUGAAAGUGCCUGCAAAUUGAUAAACAAAGUUGGAAAACUUCCUAAAGAACGUCUUUGCCGACAAGAUACUGGUUUAACUGACUACCAAAUGUCUGUAUUUCUAAGCUUAUCAACAGAAUUUCUCGAUUCUUUCAUGGAAACUGUUAAAGAUACUGACAAUAUUCCAAAACCCGUUCUGAACUACGAAAAUAUAUGGGAUAACGGAGGAAAACCUCUGGUAGAGCUAGCGGUACAACAGAAAAUUGUCAACUUCGAGUUGCUACAUUUGCACUACCAAUUAAGUUUGAUCUUGUUGAUGAUCACUACGUUCUCUAUUAAGCAUACCAAACCCAUUAACAAUCUUUUCGAAGCGUCUGUUGUUAAUUUAUUUUUCACGGACCUACAGAAAAAAGUUCAAAUAUCCUGUAACCGAUCAGAUAUAAGACUAAAUUUCUCCAGAACACAGUUUCUGUUUAAAAUAAUAUCGGCAACGUUAGAAACUAUCACAGUUAACGAAUCAGGUAAAAUAUACUUCACCGAUCACGUAAACUGGAUGGCCAAGUGUAUCAAUUUGGGGAAACUCUGGAACCUGGACGUUGACGAGUUGCGCAGGUACCAGAUCGUCCAACUUUAUUCCAAUGGUUAUGACAGCAUAGCUCAAGAACUUGUUCCGGCUGUAAACGAAGCAAAAGAGCUGGGAAAGUGUCUUCUGAACGUUGCUGCUAAAAGGCUCUCUCAGUUCUUGGUGUCUUCACCACAACUUAGUGAAAACAUCGGUGCUCUUAGUACUGUUCUCACUAACUACAUGGAAACUUUGACUGAAGAAUGGUGCGCCCCAAGUGCGCUGAAGGACAUAACGCUACUGGCAACCCAUACAAUACAUUGUUUGACUGAAGAAGACAGUGAAUACAAGUUGGCAUCACUGUUACUGGAAUCGUGUAAAACAUUGGAAGAUUUGCAAUCAUAGACGACCUUGUUAGAUUUUAAAAAUAUAUUUUAUUGUUAAAAAUAGCAUUUACAAAGUAUCUGUAACUAAAAAUAUACAAGGGGAAUAUUGUUUAUAAUUUUAAUGAAAUAUUGAUUCAUUUUUAUUAAAUGAUAAUGAUUCACUUUUAUUAAUUUCGGCUAUAAGCUUUAUUUAUACUAUAUCAGAUGCAAAUCCAUUAAUGGAUAUAGGUGAUCACGUUUUCCAUUAACUCUAUGUUUCUUGCAAUUUAUUUAUAUGAAAAUAGGAAAUCAAAUUAAAAAAAAAGAAAAAUAUUAUUUUACAUUCCACCAGAUUAAAACUAUUGGGACCAUUUUCUGGUUACACCUCCGACUCUUCUAAAAAUGCAAGCCAUAACGGAUGCUGAGACUACAGAAGAUGAGGGAAUUUUACAAUUUAUAAUUCACGACCCAUCUGUUCAACGCGUGAAAGUUUCAGUGAAAAUGGAUCCCCCGUACUCCGAUUGGAGUAAAAAUGCAAAUUAAAAAUGAAUAAAAAUUUUCAAUUUUGUUGUAAUAGGAAACGUCAGCCGUAUUAUAUUUUAGUUCAAUCAGAGAGUGCGACAAGCACCCCUACCGGUUUCGAGACUUGUUAGUCUCUCGUCAGGAGGUGCAUUCGUCGGCAUAAUGUGAAACAUGCAUAAGUCCAAAAUACAUGAUUUUACAGGAGAGACAAAAGCUAACUGUGCGGACCAUUGAGAGUUAUACCUUAUAACCAGUUAAACGGUUCUACAAUGUAUAGACAAUUAAAGAAAUAUAAAGUAUAAAUAGACUGUAACUAGUCUACAUGUAGCUCUGUAGCUAUGACGUCAAAAGUAUAAUUUUGUUUUCACCCAUUUUAGAAUAUUAAAAUGUGAAAACCUUGAAUUAUCCAUAUCUGUCUGUCCGUCCGUAAACACAACUCCUCCGACAUAUACAUAUGUCAAAUGGGGUUUCGAAUGAGAGCUUAUAACCCAAAGAUGACCAAAGGUGAGAAAUUUGACCUCGGACUGUUUUAAAUUCUGUUUUAAAGUACUGUUUUAAAUUCGCCGAAAUAGUACAAGCGAUAUAUUAUUCGACGGGCAUUAACAAGACGAAAAACAAAUAUAUACUUCCGGUUUUAUAUCACAUCCGGUUAAAAAUUUGACGCAUAUUGAAAAGUUAAGCUCGAAUAUUUAGUUCCGGUUUUGAUGUCAUUUCAGGUUAAAACGUUAUGUCCGGAAGUUUGACAAAAAUGAUUCAAAAUUAGUGAAAUCAUAUCAAUCGACGCAAAUUUUACACGAAGAGUUUAAAUAUCGCCUUCGGUGUUAUUUUCGGUCAUGUUGGAUGAAAACCUAGGACUUACGAAGUCCAAUAGGGAUGUUCACUAAUUUUUAAAUAUAGUUAAAUUCAAUAGAUUAUAAGGUAUAUAAACACGUAGCAAUCAUAAAACUGUUUAAAAAUGUAUAUUUUUUAAGAUAAAUGAGUUCAUAAUGUUGAUUUUCUUGGAGGCUAGAAAAACGGCUCCCUGCAGCGAGGCUACGGCCUGUGACGUCAGUAGUCGUAUCGGCUGUGAUCGAGGGCUAGUUCUGUAUACUUAUUUACGAAGUAUAUUUGAAUGUGUGCUGUUCUUUACGUAUUUAAUUAGUAAAAAAUGAAGCCAAAUAAGUGGUGUUUUGUUCCCGGGUGUGUAAAUACAUCGAAAAACAAUUCUGACAAGAUUUUUAUUACCGUUCCAACCAAUUUAAAACAGAAAAAGAAAUGGUUUGUUGCAGCUAGAAGGGACGUCAAGGAAGUGUCAAUAAAAACCAAGUUUUUCUGUUAUGAAGAUCACUUUAUUGUAACAUGGAUCUUUUUCUAAAUAAAAAGUUUUUAAAUUACUCAUUUUUACCCAAUUCUAUAUGUUUUAGAUUUAAGUUAGCUUGGUUAUAAACUAAAUUAUAAAAAUUCUUAAUACAGUCGUAUUUUGAACUUCCCUAAAUAUCUGUUACCAUUUAUCUGUUAUCAUUUCAAAGAAAUGGGUUAGCAUAGCAAUAAAACUUUUUACAAAAAUGAAAAAGUACCUAGUUUGUGAUAUCUGAAUUUGUCGGGACCCUAAAAAGACUGGUGCCAAUAACACAACAUAGUCAUAAAAUAUUUAUUGUUUGACAUACCCUAUAAACUAGACAUCAAUUAUUAACUUUGCAGUGAAUUGUACAUAAAAAGUUUUUGGAUUCACUGAAAAAUAUAUUAACACGUUGACGGACAGAUCGUCUAUAGACGUCUAAUUUCCAUUGAUGUAAUGUGACACAACGUCUAUAGACGUUGCAUUUUUCCCUAUUGUACUUUGCAAAAUACAUAUAGUGUCACAACACUUGCUUAUACAUUUGACGCACUGUCCGUCAACGUGUUAAGCGGUAACUAGUUUAUUACAACGUAUUCUAGGUAUACCUAAGCGAAUAAAUUUAUUAAGGGGGUAGGCGCAAAAUCUUGGUCAAAUACUAUUUAAUAAAUUUUUUUCGAAUCCUUAGAAAACUAAUAAAUAUUUUUUAAAAAUUUAAACGCAGACUGAAAGACUACAUUAUUACCGAGGGUAGAAAAGAGGGUAGUAAAAAAAACAAAAAGUUUAUUUUGAAUGAAAUAUUUGAAAUUAAUGGUAGGGGAGCUUAAGCGGGGAUUUUUGCAGUUACUCGAGCGCGUCAGAUUAUCAUAUGGGGAGAAACCUCGUACCCUGUAGAUGUACCUCUACCAUAUAUCGGCUCUUAACACAGUUCUAGUUCGUUAAGGGGGGCCUAAAAAAAAGUCUAUCCUUAAAAAUGCUCGAAAUUGUCAGAUUAAGAUAAGGAUAAGUUAAGUAAAUACAAAAGAGUGUAUAUUUCAAAAAUCUGACGAAGGAAAUGGGUGAGUCAAAAAGUUUCACAAAAAAAAACGAAUAUUUCGCGAAAUGAACGUCAGAUCAAAAAACUAAAAACUACGUGUUCAAUAUUUUUCAAAAAUCUUCGAAUCUAUCUAUCGAAUGAUACCAAACAUGACCCCCCACCAAACUUCAAACACAAUGUUUAUAUCAGAAUUAAAUGUUAUAUUUGAGUUGCCUAAAAUUUGUUUUAAUAAAAAAUGUCUUUAAGGUAUAAAAAUGACUUGAAUACAACUAUAUUUCAAUGGCAAUAAAAUCUAAUUAAAGGUAUAAUGAUGGAUUUUGAAUGGAUAAUUAUUAUUUAAAAGUAAUACUCACUGGUUGGUUUUGGUUCCACUACCCUGUGGUUGAUUUAUUUCCUUACAGGAGGCCAAGAAAUCAGACACCGUUGUUACGUCUACAGUCGUUAGUUUAUGCGAAUCAGCUUUUUGAAAACCUUCCAUUUUAUUUGUUUAUUUGUACCACCCAAAAUAUGUCCUUACAAAGAGUCUAUACACUUUAAACUAAAUAAAUUCACUAUUAAACUCCACUUUAAUCCUGAUAAAACAAGAUGAGAACAAAAUAGAAUGACCUGAACUAACGUCAAACAGGUCAACAAUAACACUGGGAGGAAUGGCCUGGUGCGUGCUGGGGUAUACGACUAGUGACGUCAAGCCAAUAGAGAAGCGUUCUUGAAAUUUAAAAUAAUGCUAGAUUUCUAAUCAAGAUUUUUUAUAGACAGGCUUUUUUGAUUCUUUUGAAAUUUUGGACAAUUAUUCCUAGGGUGUUUCUUAAUCGUUUUACAUGUUUGAAAUGACUUUUUAAUUUUUUGUGAACAUCCCUAUUGUUUGUUGCUUGUUUACAUGAAUUAUUCUUUUCCAAAAUAAUGGUUAUAACCAUUUAGUUAUUUUGUUGAGUUGCAUUUAAUUAUUUAAAAUUUUAAAUGGUUAUUUAACAAUGUUAUUUGAUGAUAAAAUAAAUGUAUUAGGAUGGUUUGAAAGUCAUUGCACUUACCUGAGUACAGUAAAUUCCAUUCCUCUGUCGUACACAAUUAUAAACAAGCUGAGAAUGCAAGCAUUAUCAUAACGAAAACUUUGUUUACGUUUAGCAAACAUCAUUUCUAUAUUACUAUAUCUUUGUACAUGAUUAAAGCCCGGAUUAUAAGCAUGACAGAAAGGUCAAAAUAAAGCACUUAUAUAAGCAAAAAAUGACGCAAAAAUAAGAAAAGUUUUUAUGAAAUAAGCAAGGUUCAAGAAAAAAACCUGUAAGUAAACAUGGAUAUGAUAUAAAUAUGAAUAAAGGACAUUAACAUUAAAUUACAUUUAUUUUUAAUUAUCGUAUUACAUAUUAACAAUAAAUAAAAAAUUACAAAAGUGUUAAACUUUAAUAUAAUAAAAAUAUCGAAAAAUGAUUAACAUAUUAAUAUAUUUUUUAUUCAUGGCCAUUAGCAUAAAAACAAUUAACAAUAUGUUUUUCAAAAUUUUCUUGUAAACUUCUAUCCACUUCUAUAUGUAGACAUAUUAUUUAUACAUAGAAAGAGUUCUUUCAACAUCUGCAGAUGUGAUUGGUGCGUAGGUAUUUAAAUUUAGACAAAUGUACCGAUACUACCGAAAAGUAUUUUACAACAAUAUAAUAAAUUUGGGCUUUCUGCAGACAAAUAUUAGUUUAUUACAUGGACAGGUAUAACGAUGGGUUUUCCCGUUUAUCUCCUAAGCCUAAGGGAUUAAAAUUCUUAUGGUUUAUUGAAUUAUUAGGGUUUUAUAGCUCUGUAUACUUAUAGAAUUUUGCUUAAGACAGGAAGUAAUACAUGAAAUUUAACUACAGUUUAUCAUAAGAAGCAAAAUAAACAAAGAUAAGCAACAUAUCUUUAAAAUAAGCAUUUUUACUAAAAAUCCUAAUCAUAAGCAAAAAAAGCAAAAUGCUUAUAAUCCGGACUUUAUACAUGAUAUACCUACCUAGCAUAUGCCUUAAGCCGAAAAUUCGACUUUGAGAUUGGUUAUAUCGAGUAAUCGAAUUUGGUUCGAGAUAUCACACAUUCACAAUGUUAAGUCACAAUUACGACCUAUAGUGGAUUUCAUCUGAGGGGGUUGUUAAUGUCAAACGCUGAGCGCACAUGCAUUUGAAACAAGUAGGUAAUAUUCACUAUUUAUUUUUACAUGUUUUUUUACAAAGUUUAUACAGUCCGUCUAAUUUACUUACCGUUGCAUGUCAUCUACGCCAGAGAUCUAAGUUGACAUAGUUGCCAGAGUAUAAAAAAAUCCUGAAUCCAUUUUAAAUCAAAUAGAUCACAUAAUUAUUGUAAACGUGGAUUAUACAACAAAACUAAUAUUCAAUGUAAAUAAAUAAAAACUUUAGAAAUAGAGAACAAGAAUUAAGUUAUAAUCUUACGUUAAAGUAAAUAAUAAAAACAGUAAUUAUAAUAAAACAAAUACUUAUAGUAAAGAAUAUAAACAAAUAUGAAGUGUCAUCACCGCAACUGUCAAAUAAAUGUGACCAAUUUAUUCUAAAAUGUCACCUUCGUUCGAUUACAAUUACAGUGUGUUCCGAGCAAAUGUGCUUCAUAAAAACGCUUUAUAAUCCAUUUAUACAAAUUAAAUGAAAACUAUUAUUGUGUAUUUCUUUAGGUUAACAUUAAUAGAAAUCUUCAAAUAUUAUUUCUACGCGUAUAUAAUAAAAUAUGUAUAGUGGCUGUAAUUCCAGUAUACUAGGCAAAAUGAUUCUAAAAAAGAACACACCUACCGCCUAAAUAUUUCGUGUUGGUAUCAUGUGGCAUCACAGGCUAUGACGUGGAUGACGUGCAACGGUAAGUAAAUUAGACGAAGUAUAUACAAUAUCGACGCCAACUUUUAUUGAAACGUGAAGAUUCCAUGUUAAUAAUUUUAUAUUACCUAAUAAUUAAUUUAAAACAUGUAAAAAUAAAUAAUGAAUAUUACCUACUUGUUUCAAAUGCAUGUACACUCAGUGUUUGACAUUGAAAACCCCUUCAAAGAUAAUUCACCCGAAAUCCACGAGAGGUCGACUUAACAUCGAGAUUAUGAUAUUCGUAAUAUACGUAAAAAAUACUUGAAUUGAUAUAUCAUAUGCCUUAAGUCAAAAGACUUAAGAGGUAGACAAAACACAACAGAAUUUGCGAAUUUAUAAACGAAAACGAAGUUUUUAUACUUUGUAUAUUUUUUGUGAAACAGAUUUGAUUCCUGUAAAAGAUAUACUACAAUAAAUAUUAUCCUGAAUAUGGUUCUGUAAUAACGAAAUUUACAUAAUAUUUUCUUAACAGUUGUUGAAGUAUCUCAGAAUCAUCUUGUUUUGUGAUGUACAAUAAGUGUAGCAGUUAAAAUUGAGCAAUUAAAACUCCUAGUUAUGAACUAAAUUUGUAUGUAGUUUGUUACGUUGAUUUUGUUAUAUAUAUUCAUGUAUCAAACACGAAGUGUUCAAAUAAAUACAAAAAUCUGAAAA